AUGCGUGCAUACUUUAGUCAGUACAAGAGUGCUAAGACCUUGUACGACGCUGUAGUUGCACGCUACUCUUCCCCUGCCACUGCUGCUCUUAGCCGCCUCAUACUGCCGUACAUGGACCACUUCCUCUCUGUUUCCCCCACCACACGCACCGUUGACCUCCUCGAGGAGCGCCUCCUGGCAGCUGAGAAGAGUAUAGUCGCUGUAGGAGCCUCUAGAGGUGACGCGCGUGCCCCUGUCUUUGAGGGGUGCUCCCCCUCCACCCUUUUGCCCUCUAUUGCCUCUACUAUUGCCGUCGUCUUCGUUGGCACCGAGACGAUCGGCGCUGCAUCUGCCUCUAGCGGGCGACGCCACACCGCGAAGUGGGGAUAUGCUAUGUCUACUAGUGAUGAGGGUGAGUGUUACCUGUGUGUUCCGCCUGACCCGGGCAUUGAGGCUGCUGCUCUAGGUGCUGGUGAGGCUGCUGCUCUAGGUGCUAGUGCGUCUGCUGCCCCAGGUGCUGGUGAGUCUUCUCUUUCAGGUACCACGUCGGCUCAGGCCUUACACACCUUCACCCUUGACUCCGGUGCUUCCCGCUCCUUCUUUCGAGACCGCACCACACUUACGCCGCUUAGUCGGCUUGUUGCGGUCUUCUUGGCGGACCCCUCUGGGGGUCCUGUCCUCGCUCGCUUCUCCACUGUCUUACCGUGUUCGGCACCCCCCUCUGGCACCCUGUCAGGUCUCUACCUCCCCUCGUUCUCUACGAACUUGGUGAGUGGUGCUGAUCUACAGGAUGGGGGGGUUGACUAG